UCCUCCCUUCAUUCACCUUCACCUGCACCUACAAUCAAAUUCAAAGCCCUCCCAAUUCCCAAAACUAUCAUCAAUCAAUGCAUCAACUUUAACGCUUCAUUAAUUCCCUAUUUUUCAUACAUUUUCCGCCUCAUAUCACAGCUACGCCUAUGUCGCCGAUUCGCCGGAGACCGGCGCAGGGCGACGAGAAUGAAUUUGAGAGCCUCUGGAGUCAGACGAUUCCCGGUCCUUCUAGACCUCCGUUCAAUUCGAUUCCCGACCCAUCCCAAUCGCAGCAAUCUCAGCUCCAAUCUGAAGAGAAGCCAGAGUUGUCUCGGAGGAGAAAGCAUGAAGGAAUGGGAGAAAGGCAGCUCAUUUCGUCUCUUAUGAGAACUCCAAAGGUGAAUGGAAGAGCAAAGCCUUCUCAUUCAGAGCCUAAUUCAGCUCAGAGCACUCCCGCGAGAAGUGUGCAUAGGGUUUCUAUUGGUGCCUCUACGCUCACAAGGUUGCCGCCUCAAUUUGGUAAUGGUGGAGGAAGACUGCACCGGGAUUCCGAUUCUCGGAGGUAUUCCAUUGCGACGCCUCAGCAAUUGUUGGCUGAGAUUCCGCAUUUUGAGCUCGAUGACGAUCCCUCCUUCUGGAAUGACCAUAAUGUGCAGGUUUUGAUUCGAAUGAGACCGUUGAAUAGCUCUGAGAUGGUUUCACAAGGAUAUGGGAGAUGCUUGAGGCAAGAAAGUGCGCAGACAGUGGUUUGGCAAUGCCACCCUGAAACCAGAUUUACAUUUGAUCAUAUAGCUUGUGAAAGUAUAUCACAGGAAAAACUAUUCAGAGUUGCUGGACUACCCAUGGUGGAUAAUUGCAUGUCUGGGUAUAACAGCUGCAUGUUUGCAUAUGGGCAGACUGGUAGUGGAAAGACAUAUACAAUGAUGGGCGACAUUGAUAAGAUGGACGGGAGGCUUGGUGAGGACUGUGGGAUAACACCACGCAUUUUUGAGUAUCUAUUCUCAAGGAUCAGAAAGGAAGAAGAGAGUAGGCUGCAAGAGAGAUUAACAUACAGCUGCAAAUGUUCUUUCCUAGAGAUAUACAACGAGCAUAUAACUGACCUUCUUGAACCUUCAUCUACAAAUCUACAGCUUAGAGAAGACUUGAAGAAAGGGGUAUAUGUUGAAAAUCUUAGCGAGCACCGUGUUAGAACAGUUAAUGAUGUGCUGCACAUUUUACAACAGGGAGCUGCAAACAGGAAGAUAGCUGCAACUUAUAUGAAUAGCGAGAGUAGUCGAUCUCAUAGUGUUUUCACCUGCGUUAUUGAAAGCCGUUGGGAGAAGGAUUCAAUGGCCCAUUUUAGAUUUGGAAGAUUGAAUUUGGUAGACCUUGCUGGUUCUGAGAGGCAGAAGAGCUCAGGGGCAGAAGGAGAUCGAUUGAAAGAAGCUGCAAAUAUUAAUAAGUCACUAUCAACUCUAGGACUGGUCAUAAUGUCUUUGGUGGAUUUAGCACAAGGGAAACAUAGACAUGUGCCUUAUAGAGACUCCAGGCUGACAUUCCUUCUUCAGGAUUCUCUAGGUGGAAAUUCAAAAACAACAAUCAUAGCAAAUGUCAGCCCAUCAAUUUGCUCUGCAAAUGAGACUUUGAGCACUUUGAAGUUUGCACAACGUGCUAAGCUAAUCCAAAACAAUGCAAAAAUAAAUGAAGAUGCUUCUGCGGGUGUCAUUGCAUUGCAGCACCAAAUCCAACAGUUAAAGGGUCAGCUGUCUUUCUUGAUGAAGAACCAGAACAAUCCAAUGGAACUCAGAGACAUUGUUCCUGGAACUGAACAUGGAUGCUUGGGUUAUAUUUCUGACGUUUGUAAGCCUUCUGAGGAAAUUAAAGUUCAUGAUGUGUGUGAGACUCAGAAUGAAGAAAAUUCGAAGAACAAAUACUUAAAAGCUAACCUUCACAGUGCUCUACGACGAGAGAAAUUGGCUGAGGCAGAAAUCAGAAACCUGAAAGUGGAUAUUGAACAUUUAAAUCGUUUGUCUCACCAGCAACAGGAAGAAACUCAGCGUACUAAGAUGAUGCUCAAAUUCCGAGAAGACAAGAUAAAACGAAUGGAAUUGCUGUCUGAUGGGUUGAAAUCUGCUGAUGAGUACUACUUAGAGGAAAACAGCACUUUAAGAGAGGAAACCCAGCUGCUACAAGCAAAAAUCGAGAAAAAUCCAGAAGUCAUAAGAUUUGCAAUGGAGAAUAUCAGAUUGCUCGAGCAAAUCAGACUGUUUCAGGAGUUCUAUGAACAGGGAGAAAGAGAAACAUUGCUAGCUGAAAUAUCUGAAUUGCGCAAUCAGCUUUUGGAAUCACUUGAAGCUGGAAAAGGCCACAUUCACCACCUCUUCUCUCCAAUGAAAAGAGACCAGGAACCAGAAGCCACAAAAGAGUUAGAACUAUGCAAGAACAUGAAUACGCAAUUACUCAGGGAUGUUGAUGAGUUACAACAGCGACUGUUAAACAGAGGGGACUCUAGCCAAGAUACUUUCAACUCUGUAAGGAACACUAGCCAAGAUACUUUCAACUCUAUGGAUAACCUGUUACUAGGUAAUGAUUGUGCUGAUGAAGUUACAUCCAACCGACUCCAAGAGAAUGAAGUAAUUGAUGAAAAAAAUGAUGAGAAAGUAUACAGAUUUAAAAUUCAGUGCGAGGACUUAGAGAAACAACUGAUGGAUGCACAGGCUUUAAUUCAAACCAUGAAAUCGGAGCAGUUCCAGCUACUCACAGAACUAGAAUCUAUCCAGACAGAAAAUCAGAGCUUGAUGAAAAUGCUCGAGAGGAAUCAAUGCCUUCAUGACAGCAUUGAAAAAUCUGAAGGCACUAGCCUCUUGGCGCUGCAAGCUAAGUUGGAAAAAUUGACUAAGGAGCUGAAGGAAGCAAAGAUACUUAAUGAACAACAUAUUGAAGAUCAUGCAAUGCAAUCUUCCGUACAUCACCACACAGAAAUGGUGCGUAGUGAAGUUGAAAUGGAAACUACAAGAACUAUCAUACAUUUGCAGGAGGAGAUAGAUAGACUACAAUCAGAAUUUGAUGUAUGCUUGUGCUCUAUGACUGAGGAGAACUUAAGUCUCAGAAACAGUGUAGCAGCUAAGGAAGAGGAACUAAGACUAUUCUGUGCAGAGUGGGAAAGGGCAACCUUGGAGCUAACUGCAUUCCUCAUUGAUGGUUCUAGAUCCCUGCGAAAUGCAUCUCAUCAGAUAAAGAGUAUCUCAUCAUCAUUUCCAAAUGUUAAUGAUUUGAUUAAUGAACACGUUGAGAGAGCUGCUCAAGUGUCUGUUGAAAAGGAGGAAACCAUUUUGCUACUUCAAAAAAGUUUGGAAGACGCACAGAACACUGUGAGGCAUGUUGAAAAUAAUUUAUAUGCCUUAAGGGGAGCAGCAAUUGCUCUAACUGAGCUUCAGCGGCUUGAUAGCACUUCAGAGACAGAGGAAAGCCAGAUGUCUAGAAUGCCAAUUGAAUCGACUCAAGUUGAUGAGUUUCCUGAAAAUAGAUCCCAGUCUAGAAAGAGCCAGGCUAUAUAUUGUUCUACAAGCACUUCUGAAGUUGUUCGUAAUGAACCAUUAGCACUUUCAGAUGCUCUUGCAACAGAUGUUGACAAACAAAUUCAUUUGGCAACCCUUCCAGGCGGAGAAGGACUUGAUCUACCAGAAAGUGGAAGAACUGAAGCAUGCAUAAACUCUUUCGGAGAGUUGGCUGUUGAGGACACACAUAGCUUGCCAAGUAGCUUUUUUGCAAAAUGUGAGGAGGCUUUUGCUGCCAUGAAAGAGGCUGAUGACACGUUAAAGGCAAUGCUUAAGGCCAAUGAAAAUGCAAAUACAUUGAAAACAAUGUGGAAAGAGGCAGCAGAGGAAUUAAUAUUUGAUAGUGCAAGCUUGAGCGAUGGGACAAAACAGUUAAAAUCAUGUGUUCUUAUGAGAGAUGGGGAGAAAAAAUCCCAGCUUAGCUUGAAUGAAAAGGAUUGUAAGCUGACUUUUCUCGAAGAAAGUUUUCCUGCAAUGCAAAUAGAAGUUGAAAAUUUGUUUGAGACAACCUGCAGUGAUGCUAAAAGAGUUGUUGAAGAGACUCUAGGUUGCUUUAGUAGCUUCAGAUUAUCCUUGGAGGACUUAAUGUGCAAAGCAUUGCAGAAUGAUAUUACCAUUCACGUGCUACAGUUACAGAUCAGAGAGUACUCCAAAAAAAUCCAAAGCUCAGCUUCAAAUUCUCUUGGAUCCAUAGUCCAAGAACAGUCCAUUGCUUAUGAUAACUUAGAACAAAAUCAUGCGAGUCUUGUUCCUAACCCAGUUCUUCAACCUGUAAAAUAUACAUGUGAAGGAUCACAGGUUGCAAGUGUAUCAAGUGAGGAAAUCAAAGGGUUUGAACUGGUUGAUGGUAAUAAUUCGGAUGAGCACUGUGUACUCCAGAGAGAGCUCCAGCGCAAAGAUGUUUUAUUGAAAGGGUUACUAUUUGAUUUCAGCUUGCUCCAAGAAUUUGCUUCCGACAGGAUGGACAUCAAGGAUGAAUUGGAAAAGUUAAUUGUUGCCAUGGGCAAUGUUCAGCUAGAGCUGCAGGUCAAAAUUACUGAACUUGAUGACAUGCUUGUUCAGAAGAUUAAACUUGAAGAUCACUUGUCUGAAGCUGAGCAAGCCUUACUCAACUCAAACUCUGAAUUAAGUCGGGCAAAAGGGACAAUUAGUGUAUUGUCAGAGCAGAAUAUUGCAUUAAAGGAUCUUUCACAAGAUCUAUAUUUGAAAAACUCUGAAGCUGAGCAGCUACUUGAAGAUCAGAGAAAAGCUAUCCAAAGUUUGGAGAAAGAAUUAGUACGGUUAUCUUCAUUACAAGAGAUACAACCUGUUUGGUCACAGGAAGAUUAUGAAGGUGCUUUAACAGAGGUGACUACUGAGAGAGAUCUUCUCCUUGAAAAGUUAACCACUUUGCUAGAAAAGUUGGAUAUUGCAUCUGCUUUAGCUGAUGAAAACCAAGCUAUCGCUGUGGAAGCCCGACAGGAGUCAGAGACCAGCAAAUUGAAUGCUCAGCAAAAGGAAGAGGAGGUUAAGAUUUUAGAACGAUCUGUGGAGGAACUUGAGAGCACCAUAAAUGUACUGGAGAAGAAAGUGCUUGAAAUGGAAGAAGAAGUUGAACAACAGAAGCUGAUAAGAGAUUCAUUGGAGUUGGAAAUACAAGAACUUAGAGAGAGAUUAUUAACUGUUGAAGACAUCGCUGAAAGUAUGACUUCUGAGAGCUCUUGUUCUGCAGCAUUCGAUGAACACCGUUCAAGACUUCAAAUUGUUACUUUCAGGAAGUUGCAUCACUGGUCUCAGGAAAGUAGUGAGAACCGUAGCCGCAUAAGAUUUCUUGAAGAGGAGAACUCAAAACAAGCUAAAGAGAUCAGACGGUUCAAAGAUUAUAUUUCUGAACUCAUUCUGCACGCUGAAGCACAAGCAUCUCAGUAUCAACAAAGGUAUAAGACCUUGGAAGCAAUGGUUGAUGAAGUUAAAACAGAUGCAGCAAAUGUAUCUGCUGGGUGCAUCUCAGAACGAGCUGAUAAAAUUGCAGCAAGAACUAGAGGUUCAAGUUCACCAUUCAGAUGCAUCAGUACUCUGGUUCAGCAGAUGAACCAAGAGAAGAAUCAGGAGUUAUCAAGUGCUAAUCUUCGUAUAGAAGAGCUGGAGGCAUUGGCAGCCAGUAGGUAUAAAGAGGUGUGUACACUGAAUACUAAACUGGCAAGUGCUGAAAGCAUGACACACGAUGUCAUUCGUGAUUUACUCAGUGUCAAAUUGGACAUCUCGAAUUAUGCUACUAUCAUUGAGCAGCAUCAACUGCAAAAGUUGAUUGAGGAAGCUCAUCAACAUAGACAGGAUUUUGUUGCUAUGGAGCGCGAAAUUGUCAACCUGAGGAGUGAAAUUCAUGAGUUAGAAGAAGAACGAGAAAGAUGCAUCUCAGAAAUCCAUAAAACAAACACGGACCGGCUUACCAUUCAAAUUGCUUUGGAACAAUUACAGGAACGAGGUCAGAUGUUGAUCGCACAAAAUGAUAUGCUUAAGAUGGACAAGAGGAAUCUACAAAAGAGGGUAGCUGAACUAGACGACAUGGUUAGGAAGCUAUUCAGCAUGCAAGAGUCCCAAUCCCCAAGUCGGAACCAACCCAGAAACUCAAGUUUCUCAAGGUCAUUUGGAUCCGAUCUUUCUGAGAGGUUGGCCCACUCACAGAAAGUGCUCUCAAGAGUCAAUGAUCAACUUGCUCAGUACCCGAGGCCUGAUGGCACUUGCCCGGAUGCCAAAGUUCAGGCAAAUGCUCAGUUGAAAGGUUACAAAAACCGUUAUCAGAAUCAUUCCUGAUAAUCAUAUGAACAGAUGGACGGGGCUGCCUUCAAACAGCCUAUCUGUAGUAUGUAUAGAGUUAUUUAUUGUGUGGGGGUGUAUUUAUAGUGUAAAUUGCUGGAGCUUAUAAUUUAGCUGCGCCAUUCCUCUUAUUCCCUCCAAUUCUUCUGGCAAUUGAAAUCAUUUUGUUCAUCUGAUGGCAGCAAGUUUUGUUGUAAUUAGACAGGGUUUAUUGAAAACACUAUAUAUUGUAUUAUCAUUGCAAAAGAAAGUAUUGUAUGAGGUUUGGAUUUUCA